GGGUUGGGACAGUGAUAAACACCGACAACUCGGAAUUAUUGUUAUGUGCCUUGUAGGCAGGGGGACACAUUUUAAUGUAACGCAGGCCGCCUGACAGCCCGGCAGCCCCACAGCAGUUUGCUAGUGCGUACAGAAGUUGGCGAUGUUCAUUGAACUUAAAAAUAUGUAUGGUAGCAAGCAAUAACGUGGCCAGAUUUCAAACGACUAUUUUUUUAUGCUUCUAUAGUGCCUGAUUCUUAGUGGAUUUAGCUAAUCUAACGAAAUGGACGAAGAACCCGAAAGAGCUAAACGUUGGGAAGGUGGCUAUGAGCGGACAUGGGAGGUGCUCAAGGAGGAUGAGACUGGAUCACUUAAGGCUACAGUGGAGGACAUCGUUUUCAAGGCCAAAAGGAAGAGAGUUUUCGAGAGCUAUGGAAAAGUGCGGCUGGGGAUGAUGCGCCACAUGUUUGUGGUGAUUGAUACUUCAAGGACAAUGGAGGACCAGGACCUGAAGCCCAACAGACUGACCUCAACUCUAAAGCUGAUGGAAUACUUUGUUGAUGAAUACUUUGAUCAGAAUCCCAUCAGUCAGAUAGGGAUCAUCACUACCAGGAACAAGAGAGCUGAGAAACUGACAGAUCUGGCUGGUAACCCGAAGAAGCACAUUUCUGCCUUUAAAAAAGCCGUGGACACCCCUUGUGCUGGGGAACCCUCCCUCUACAACUCCCUGAACCUGGCUAUGCAGACGCUCAAACACAUGCCUGGUCACACAAGUAGGGAAGUGCUUGUAAUUUUCAGCAGUCUCACCACCUGCGAUCCAGCCAACAUCUAUGAGUUGAUCAAGACACUAAAGGGGCUGAAGAUUCGGGUGUCUGUGAUCGGGCUGUCAGCAGAAGUGCAUGUCUGCACUAUCCUGACGCGGGAGACAGGAGGAACUUACCAUGUGAUUCUGGAUGAGAGUCACUUCCGUGAGCUUCUGACGUUCCACGUCAAGCCGCCGCCUGCCAGCUCCUCCUCUGAGUGCUCUCUUAUUCGCAUGGGAUUCCCCCAACAUACCAUAGCCUCUGUCUCUGAUCAGGAUUCCAAACCUUCCUUUAGUAUGUCGCACCUUGAUAGCAACGGUGGUCCUGGCUUGACCCUGGGGGGGUACUACUGCCCUCAGUGCCGUGCAAAGUACACAGAGCUGCCUGUGGAGUGCAAGGUCUGCGGUCUGACUUUGGUUUCAGCUCCUCACCUGGCAAGAUCGUUUCAUCACCUCUUCCCAAUGGAUGCCUUUCAAGAGAUGCCCCUGGAGGAUGUCCAAGGGGAAAGGUUCUGUCAAGCAUGCCAAGGGGAACUGAAAGACAAAAGUGUGUAUGCAUGUCCGGUUUGCAGCAGCACGUUCUGUGUGGAGUGUGACCUGUUUAUCCAUGACACUCUGCAUUGCUGCCCCUGCUGUAUACAUAACCAGACUGCACCCUGAACCCAGGAAGCCAGAAAAGCAGAAAGCAUUUACCUAAAACCAUGGAAGCAAAAACCUGAGUCGGGCUGCAGCAGCGUUCCUGUGUACCUCAGUCAGCGGACCAAUGGCAUUGAAUUUUCCCCCCAAAACAACCUUAUUCAUUUUUUUUUCUUUUCUUUUAACUGAUUACCUAUGUUUUUUUUUCCUUUUCAGCAUAUGCUGUUAUGGAAUAUUACUGAUGCUACAAAAUGAAAACAUCUGAACUCGGGUUAUUUUUUUUCUUCUUCUUUUUUUUUUUUUUUUAACUAGUCCUACCUAAAAUGGAUUCAUAUUUACUGUAUAAAUACUGCCUCCACUCGUGGAAAAAGUCAUACUGCCAGUGAUCAUUGAUUUAUAUGUAUACACCUUUUGUUAAAAACAAAUUAAACUCGUUGAGACUUGCAAUGUGGAAAAAUUAACAUAUUUCUAUGAAUAAAAUGUUAAUUGAACAUUCUUUUUGGAUGAUUGUAUAUUAUAUUUUUUUUGUUAACAAUGUUAGUAUUACGUCUGUAGAUGUAUGUUUACUGUCACAUACAGUACCUGUGUGUAUAUUGCUACAUGUUUUAUGGUUGAAAUGCAGCACAAAUUUCUUUUUCUUAUAAUGGCUGGUAUUUAAUGAUGUAACUUUUGCAUUUUUAAUCAUCUUUUUAUGACCCAUUUUUGUACUUGCCCUGUGAAACCCUGAUCAUUCAUGCUUUAUUUAUUUUUGUUUGCUGUGAAGAAUAUACUUUUAAUGUAGCUAUUUAAUUAUAAAUUGUUUUUCUGUACUUUGACAACAGACAAUUGUACAGAAAUAUUUUUUUAAUUAUACAGAUAAAAGCAAAACAGCCUAACAUCUUGUCACACUUUAAAAGUGUAAUUCCAGAUACAUUCAUGAGUAAAAUUUCUAGACUUUUUCCAGUGCUGUGCUUCCUAAUGGACCAUAAAACUUGUCUCCUGUAUUGACGUCAUACCAGAUUCCUUUUGCCCAGUAGCUUUAAGUUGAAGAAUGGUUCCUCGUGUGUGUCUGGGACAUCCACACGCAGUGCUUUUCACUGGGGGAAGCCGCCAGUGCGGCCAGGCUGGCGUGUUCUGCUGGCUGUUCUGGAGCACUUGCUGAAUACAGCACUGCCCUUCCAGCCUCUUUUACCUUAAACAACUCCCACACCAAAAUGAUAAUUAUCCACCGCAUAGAUGGGUCAUUGUGUAAGUUUUGUUGUGGGGAAAAUUACUCUGAACAAGGAUCCAGAAUAUCAAGGUGCUUGGGUUUGUUAUCUAUGAAAAGACAUCAGUAACAUGAUUAUUAUAUGUUUGGAUAUUGCAAGUACUUGUAGUUCAUGUAAAACUUCCUAAAAAAACCCCUGGUUGUUUCUGUAAAGAGGGUGGAUUGACCUGGGUGAGUCACGAAGAGUAAGAUAUGGAGAACUCUGUUAGCAGAGAACUCCAAUGAUGAUUUAUUGUCAUAUGUAUUAAGUAAAUAUAAUGAAAUUUUUA